ACAACAACAUUAUUCCAGAGUUGCUCCUCAUCGUACACCCAAAGUGGGCACAGCGCGACAGUGAUGGUGUGUGCCACUGCGCUGCAGUGAGUAGUCAACUAAGGUUAACCUAACCUUAGGCUACAUACUGUAAGUUGCCAUGUAGUACGGAUCUAUAGACUAACCUAAGGUUAGAGGGAGCUCCCGACCUUAUCGAUAACAAAUAAUUUCCGCAGAGGGCCAGGUCCAGAUUUUGAAAGAGUCAUCCCUGUGGAUGCUCGAUGUAGAACAUCAGCCCUGCAAAAGAAUUGCUGCAGCAUUUGUAAUUGCUGUGCUUUGAUUUCGUGGUCGCAUAAACUCAUGCAACCGCGGCUGAACAUCAAAAACGUGAGCAGGGCUCCGAUCGCUAAAUCUGAACAACUCGAGAAACUACGCGCUCAUCCUCGACCUCGACCGGGCCCUCGCCCUCGCUCUCGCCCGGCAGCUCCUACCUCUCGUUACACCCCUCGAUCCGUUCUGUCCAACACCAAGCUUCCGUUCGAGGGUGCUGUCGUCCCCCCCAAAUUGUUCUACGCGGAGAAGGGCACGACUCUGCGCAUCCUGCCUGUCCCAUCCGGCUCGCGCAUUCUUUGGAGGACCCUCGGCACACCUCGCUUCUUCAUCUUCAGCCAAGAUUCUCGUGUACAGAAGAAACCUGAUCUCACUGCAGAAGAGACCGCGGGACGCGUGUUCGGCACCAGGAUGUUGAGUCACGUUCAGCUUGUAACGACGCCUACUGCCGAUACGCAAGGAACCUGUUUGAUGCUUCAUUUCGACAACCAACGCUAUGUAUUUGGUAACAUUUCCGAGGGCACGCAGCGUGCUAUAGUGCAGCGCAAACUUGCACUCAACAAGACCGAGGAUAUAUUCAUGAGCGGCUUAGUAAAUUGGCACAAUGCUGGCGGUCUGAUUGGCCUGAUACUGACUCUGUCCGAUGUCAUUUCUACCCAAAAAGACGCCGUCAGGGCAGUGAAUGCGGAGAGAAAGAAGAAGGGCACGAAACCGCUCGAUGAAGGGGCAAUAUCGAACCUACGCAUACAUGGUGGCAAAAACCUGGCCCAGCUACUUGCGACGUCGAGACGCUUCGUCUUUCGAAAGGGACUCCCGCUUCAGCCGCACGAAGUCAGACACGACCCGCGCGUGGCCAGCAACAGCCAAAAUGAGCCAGACUGGAAAGAUACCAAUAUCAACGUCUGGUACAUGCCGGUUGAAGCCAAUAGCAACAAACCAGUCAGCUCGAGGAAACGAAGCCACGAGGAGAUGACGCUGGAUGAGCCGAGUUCUAACUCAGCACCGCCAAAGACAUCCAAAGAGGACGAUCAGAAGAAAGUAACAGAGAUUGUCUCGCAAAUGUUCAACUCGAACUGGAAUCUAGAUGCCCUCACGGAGACAACCCUUUAUCAAGCCAAGUUGCCAGCGAAACUGUUCGUACGGAAUGAGAAGGGCCACAUCCAACAAUACAAAGGUCCGCUCCCGGGAGAAGGCGAGAACGUGCCAAACAUACCUGUGUUAGUGCGCCGACCGUGGCCCGCCGCUAUGCACCUGACCCUCCCUGGGACUGAGCCAUCAAAACAGUCCUUGUGCUAUAUUGUGAAGAGCCACGACAGAAGAGGCAAGUUCCAGGUCAAGGAGGCACAGAAGUAUGCUAUCGAAAAGUCCGACUACAGAAAGCUCACUGCCGGCGAGACUGUUACAGCCAAGGAUGGCGUAGUCGUAACGCCCGACAUGGUCCUUGGAGAAACUGUCCUAGGCGAAGGUUUUGCAGUUUUGGAUGUUCCCGACCUUUCAUAUGUCGAACCGUUGAUCAACAGGCCCGAGUUCUCGAAUGGAGAGAUAAUGAGGGGUAUCAAUGCUGCGUUCUGGAUUCUAGGUCCUGGUGUGGUCCACGACGUACGCCUGCAGGCCUUUAUGCAGAAAACCACCGCCAUGAGGCAUAUCAUUUGCUCAGGCGAUUGUUCUCCAAAUAUGUUGGCCCUGGAAUCCGCAGCUGUCCAGACCUUCAAAUUACAUCAGAUCGAUCCCCAGAGGUUUCCUAUGCCUUACCACAGCAACAUUGAAUCAUUGUCGAAGUCGGCUGUGGCAUCACUGCCAAGUCCGCUCGAAACUGGUAGGACUGGAAAGAUGAUCCAGUUCUCCCCGCAAUUCUUGCAUCAAGACGACAAGAUCGUCGCAUUUCCGGAUGUCGAAGCAUUGGCAGUGAAUGGUCAGGCCCCUAUUCCAGAGCUCAAGCCACUGUCACAGCAGGCGCGCGAAAAGUGCAAGGACGCCGACUUCUUAGCCAAGAUAGAAGAGGUUGAAUCUGAUAUACCAAACCGUGAUGCAGAAGUCAUCACACUUGGCACUGGCUCUGCCCUUCCGUCCAAAUACCGAAAUGUUUCUGCCACCCUAGUCAGAGUUCCUGGGUAUGGCAACUACCUGUUUGACGCGGGAGAAAAUACGAUGGGACAACUCAGACGCGUGUUCGGUGACGAACUGCCUUCGAUAAUGCGUGACCUCAAGGUCAUUUGGAUUAGCCAUCUGCACGCCGACCAUCAUCUUGGAACAGCUGGAGUCAUCAAAGCCUGGGCCGACGAGACCAGCAAGUCGAAUCCAGCGGCUACGUUGCAUGUUGCUUCACAUGUACACAUGAUUGAUUGGCUCCGAGAGUAUGCCGAGAUAGAGAAUUACGGCUAUGACCGCUUAACUUUCACAUCAUUCAGCGCGUAUCAAAAAACAAGCAAGAUAUGCAUAUCUCCGCCUCUCAGCCCGGCAUACAAAAAAGCCUACGGUCUGGAGAAGAUUGACGCGACUUACGUUGCGCAUUGCCACGGUGCACUCGCCACCGUGUUUACCUGGCCGUCUGGCUUAAAGAUUGCCUACUCGGGCGAUUGCCGGCCUAGUGACGAUUUCGUAAAGAUUGGUCAAGGCACAACCCUACUGAUCCAUGAAAGCACAUUCGACGACGAAUUGAAAGGUGAUGCUUUGGCAAAGAAGCACUCAACAAUGUCUGAAGCCAUUGAUGUUGGACGAAGAAUGGGCGCACGAAGAAUAAUGCUCACACACUUCUCACAACGAUAUCAGAAGGUCCCUGCUCUGGACGAUAGCCUCGAUAUCAAGGCAGUAGGAGUCGUCGAUGCUAAGGAAAAGGCCAAACUGGACGAAGUUAUCCUUGUUGCAUUCGACUACAUGCGCGUCAAGCUCGGAGAAUUUAGGCAUGCACAGGCUUUCCUGCCAGCAAUACAAAAGCUAUUCGAGGACGUCAGCGACCAAUAGUCAGCUUAGUCACAAUAAACAAGAAAAAAACCUUUCGAGUAUAACCUCUAUAUGCAUUGAGAUGAUGGUCUCAUAGUGAGACUUUGGCUUAUCAGAUGUCACAACGUCUGAUUGAUACCGUAGAAUGUCCGAUUAGUUGAAGAGUGUAAGCGAGGAGCCAAGAACCAAUCGCCGUUCCUGCAUGGGUGGCGAUGCGCACAGGGACUUGCAAUCCAUUACUAACCUUUAGUCAUCAGCGGUAAAAAAGUAACAGUAGGUCAAGUAUCUCUUCAGCCAGUGCUGUUCGGAUUUGCAUCUCGCUAUAGCCUGUAGCUUUAACAAUCUAC